CCAAACCGCGUCGGGCGAGCGUGCGAGGAAGACGGCUGGUCCCGGCAGAGCCGGCUUUGGCGCGGAAGCCGACGAGAUGCUGGAGGCGGCGGGGCCGGACCCGGAGUUGGACCCGGAGGACCUGGUGCACUUCUCGGUGGGCGACCUGCCCAGCCGCGGCUACGGGGUGAUGGGCGAGAUCAGGCGGCAGGGGAAGCUGUGCGACGUGACCCUCAAGGUGGGAGACCACAAAUUCAGCGCCCACCGCAUUGUCCUGGCGGCCUCCAUUCCUUACUUCCACGCCAUGUUCACCAACGACAUGAUGGAAUGCAAGCAGGAUGAAAUUGUGAUGCAGGGCUUGGAUCCGAGCGCCCUGGAAGCUCUGAUCAAUUUUGCCUACAACGGGCAUUUGGCCAUAGAUCAGCAAAACGUCCAGUCUCUGUUGAUGGGAGCCAGUUUCCUGCAGCUGCAGAACAUCAAGGAUGCAUGUUGCUCCUUCCUCAAAGAGAGGCUUCACCCCAAGAACUGCCUGGGCGUGCGCCAGUUCGCGGAGACCAUGAUGUGCGCCGUCCUGUACGAGGCCGCCAACAGCUUCGUCCACCAGCACUUCGUGGAGGUCUCCAUGUCGGAGGAGUUCUUGGCUCUGCCUUACGACGACGUCCUGGAGCUGACCUCCCGGGAUGAACUGCACGUGAAGUUGGAGGAGCAGGUCUACGAAGCCGCCCUGGCCUGGGUCAGGUACGACCGGGAACAGCGGGAGGCCUGCUUGCCGGAGCUCCUGUCCAGGAUCCGCCUGCCCCUCUGCCGGCCGCAGUUCCUGACUGACCGCGUGCAGCAGGAUGACCUCGUCCGCAGUUGCCACAAGUGCAGAAAAAGGAGCGUCCCUUCUGCAGGAAGGACCUCGGAGAAUUCAAUGGGGGAAAACCCCUGGCCGUCCGCCAGCGGCCGGACAAUCUGCGUAGCAGGACAUAAAAGGAGGCCCCCUGGUCCUGAGGACCCCAUCAGCCGUGGACCUCCAUAG